GCCCCUGUUGUAAGUAAAGCGCCGCAUGGUGAACACGCCUCCGAUGGGAUAAAGGAAUUUUUACUUUAACAAGGACAAUCUUCAGUCUCCGUGCAGCAUAACAACACAGGCGAAGAUGGAUAGCGAAAAGUACUUACCGGAGCUGAUGGCAGAGAAGGAUUCGCUCGAUCCCUCUUUCCAACAUUCCUUACGUCUAUUAGACCAAGAAAUCGAAAAAAUUCAGAAGGACGAAGGGAAAGAAGACGAGAAGUUCAUCGACGUUGUCAUCAAUAAGAACAUGAAACUGGGACAGAAAGUCCUAAUACCCGUCAAACAGUUCCCGAAAUUCAACUUUGUUGGCAAAUUGCUUGGACCAAGGGGAAACUCAUUAAAAAGGCUACAAGAGGACACACUGACAAAGAUGUCCAUUCUGGGAAAAGGCUCCAUGAGAGACAAAGAGAAGGAGGAGGAGCUGAGGAAGAGCGGUGAGGCCAAAUUCCAGCACCUCAACGAGGACCUCCAUGUUCUCAUCGAGGUGUUUGCCCCUCCGGCCGAGGCCUACGCCAGGAUGGGCCAUGCGCUGGAGGAGAUCAAGAAGUUCCUCAUCCCGGAUUACAAUGAUGAGAUCAGACAGGCACAGCUGCAGGAGCUGACAUAUCUGAACGGGGCCUCUGAGGACGCCAAGGUGCCGGCCGUGAGGGGGAAGCCAGUGGCCAGAGGAAGAGGGACACCUGCUCCGGGCCAGCCCAGGAGUCGCGGGGGAGUGCCCCCUCCGCAGGCUGCAGUGCCACGUGGGGCAGCACCCAGGGGGGCGCCACUGAGCCGCCCACCAACCACCAGAGGCCGAGGAGUGCCAACGCAGAGGGCCCGAGGGGCACCCUCCACGGCCGGGUACCGGCCCCCACCGUCAAUUGUACAGGAAACAUACGGAGAAUAUGAAUAUGAUGACGGCUAUGGAACUGCAUACGAUGACCAGGGUUAUGACGCUUAUGACAACAACUACAGUAGCCAAGGACAGAACUCAGAAGAAUAUUAUGAGUAUGGCCACGGCAUAAGCGACGAGUCCUAUGAUUCAUACGGCCAAGAGGAAUGGUCCAGCAGCAGACACAAAGCCCUGCCAUCCAGAACAUCUAAGGGAGCAUACAGGGACCAGCCGUACCCAAGAUACUGAACUGCUACAUCACGACAUGUCCAGCGUUGCCCCAAAUGAUGGAUUUUCUAUCGAGGACCCCCUUUCAUCCUUUUGGAAUAAAAUAAACAAAAACAAAGAAAAGGAAAAAACAAACUAACAGAGGUGGAAAAAGGAGAUGGUGAAAAGACCAUUAUAUAGUUGUAAUGCCUGUUUAUAAUGCUGUGGACACUAUAACAGAGACCAAUAACGUAUGUAAUGACAGCUUCUUCUGGAAAACACAACUGUAAAAUAGGUAAACUAUCCAUUCUUUAUAAAUUAGAAUUUGAAGCCACUCAGCCUGUUAUGUUAAAUAGAGGGUUUUAUUUCUUUAACAUGUUAGUUGCUUUGUUUAAUAGUUUAUUUCUAUUUAUAAUAGAGGGUUGGGGUAGCAUAAGUAGUGUUUUGACUGGUAUAAAAGAUGUUCCUUGUAAAUCUACCUUUGAAAAACAAAGACAGGAGAUCAUGUUGCAAAUAUUGUUGUAUUGUUCCUUUUUGUAACUGAGAGUAUUUUAGUGUUAAAGGGCUUAUAGAAGCAUGUUGUGAAAUCUUGUAGGGUCCUUUUCGUUUUCUUCUUACGCACUAUUUUGGCCUGAUCAGACAUACCCAACAUCGUACUUAAUCGCAGCAGUGUUUCUUUUCAUCUCAUACGCAUUUCCUUAAUAAUCGAACCUCGCCGUUUCUGACAGUAAUACCUGCUUCUAGAAGCAUUGAGAUGCUUGUUGGAUAUGAUGAUCAUGCGUUCUCAUUAUCUCCAGAGACUAAAAGAAUUCUCGUAACGGAAAGCCAAUUUACUAAAACUUACCAAAACUUCAACACAGGAAACUGCAACUCUGGUUAUAUGAAAUUUAUAGAAAACAGACAUAUAAUAAUAAUAAUAGUAAUAAUAGUAAUAAUAAUAAUAUGAAUAAUAUGAAUAAAAAUGAUAAUGCACAUGUUUAAAUUGGGAUAUAAAAAUAACCACAGCAAUCAAGAUAAGCUGGUAGGAUUCUUUAAAGAACCAGUGGAGGUUUGUAUUAUUAAAAUAAUGAGCUUUUGUAAGCCCUUUAAUUAAUAUUUUCAUCUUGGUUGAUAAUAAAUAAACUUUUUGAAAAAAGAAAUCCUUGUGUGAGAACAUAGUUGUAUUUUUUUGUAUAAAAAUAACAUUAAAAUAACACUAAUUUAAACUAACAAGCAAAUAGCCGAGAAUAUAAUAUCAGGCAGUUUUAAUAUCUGCAAUUCCUAUCUAGGCCAAAUUCCAAGUUUAAACCCUUAAAAUAUAAAUUUCAUGGUGGUGGCACAAAACUUUUUGUUAAAAUAAAAA